AUGCGUGCCUCUACCCUUCUCGCUCUCCUGCCUGUGGCUAUGGCCGCUCCUUCUAUCGUGAAGCGCAGCUCGCUCGCUCCCAUCAUCACCCCCCGAGAUGCUCAGGUCAUCGACGGAAAGUACAUCGUCAAGUUCAAGGACGAUAUUAUCAAGACGGCCGUCACCUCUGCCAUCUCCUCCAUCAGCGCCAAAGCUGACUACACUUACUCCGAGGCCUUCAACGGCUUCGCCGGCAGCCUGACUCCCGAGGAGGUUGAGACCCUCCAGAAUGACCCCACCGUCGAGUACCUUGAGCAGGACGCCGUCAUCAGCAUCAGCGCGACACAGUCCAACGCCCCUUGGGGUCUUGCUCGCAUCUCCAGCUCCGAGCCCGGAGGCACCACUUACACCUACGACGCUAACCCUGGCGCUGGCACUUGCGCCUACAUUGUCGACACUGGCAUUGACACUACCCAUUCAGAGUUUGGUGGCCGUGCCAGCUUCGCCGCCAACUUUGUUGACAGCAACGACGGGGAUGGCGAAGGCCAUGGUACCCAUGUCGCCGGUACUGUCGGCGGUAUUACCUACGGUGUUGCUAAGGAGACCACUCUCUACGCCGUCAAGGUUCUCGGUGACGACGGUAGUGGUAGCACCUCUGGUGUUGUCGCUGGUAUGCAGUUUGUUGUCACCGAUGCCCCCAGCAGGAGCUGCCCCUCGGGUGUCGUGGUGAACAUGUCCCUUGGUGGCGGCUACUCCAGCUCCAUCAACUCUGCCGCCGCAGCUAUUGUCGACGCGGGGAUUUUCUUGGCUGUCGCAGCUGGAAACGAUGGCGCCGAUGCCGAGUCGUCCUCCCCUGCUUCUGCGCCCUCCGCAUGCACUGUUGGUGCCACGGACUCCAGCGAUGUUCUUGCCUACUUCUCCAACUACGGCAGUGUCGUCGACGUCCUCGCCCCCGGUGUUGAUAUCCUCUCUUCCAUCCCCGGAGGUGGCUCUGAGACGCUCUCCGGCACUUCCAUGGCCUCCCCUCACGUUGCUGGCCUUGGAGCCUACCUCCUGGGCAAGGGCUCCAGCGUCUCUGACCUCUGCUCUACUAUCGCCAGCUCUGCUCUCGAGAAUGUCAUCUCCGACGUCCCCAGUGGCACUGCCAACCUCCUCAUCAACAACGGCUACAAAUAA